GAAUUUCCGAUAAGAACACCGGGUCUACUUUAAGUACCUUAGCUACCUUAGGUACCUAUUUCGAUAAGACAUUAGGAAUGGAUUCCAACUUUUAGCCAAUUUAUUAUGACGAUCAAGUUCAUAUUUUAAAUAAGUCCGAACUUACCUUAGGUACUCAACCCUCAACUCCACCUCAAGGAGAAAUGUGGCAGUUAUGCCGGCAUCUUUUCUUUAGUCUAAGUGAGAAAUGAUUUAUCGAUAAUUUUACGGCUUACUUUCGGUGCCCUUUCCCCGCUCUCAUCCUUCAAAAAUGAAGGCAUUUCGCGCUCGCCCAUUCCUGGGCGGCGCGGUGUCGGGGUAUAUUCCUCAACCCCACUAUCAAGCCCGAACGCCAUCGUGUCUGUUUCGAGCUAUCAGCUGCAAUAGCAGCAGUAGUCCUGCACGAAGACAAGGAAUAGCUGCAAGCCACGCGCGGCCGUCUAUACGGCCCGGAUUCUUCUCCAAACGCCCCUAUAGCAUCGAUGUAAAGGCUCGCGAACCUACCGAUCCUCCCUCUUUCGCCUUUGCCUUUGACAUUGAUGGCGUGCUUCUACACGUCUCAAAGCCGAUCCCCGGCGCGACGCAGACUCUGAGAUUCCUCCAGGAGAAUAACAUCCCGUUCAUCCUGCUCACCAACGGCGGUGGCAAGCACGAGGUGGAGCGCGUGGCGGACCUCAACGCGCGCCUCGGCGUCAAGCUGUCGACGGACAACUUCAUCCAGUCGCACACGCCGUUCCAGGAGCUCGCGCAGGGCCACAACGGCACCCUCCGCGACAAGAACAUCCUCGUCACGGGCUCCGACGCCGCCAAGUGCCGCCUCAUCGCCGAGCGCUACGGCUUCCGCAACGUCAUCAUCCCCGCCGACAUCCUCGCCGCGCACCCCACCGUCUGGCCCUUCAACCCGCUGAUGGGCGAGCUUUACGCGCGCCAGGCCCGCCCCCUGCCCGACCCCGACCCCAAGAUCGACGCCAUCUUCGUGUUCAACGACCCGCGCGACUGGGCGCUCGACAUCCAGAUCAUCGUCGACCUGCUGAUGUCGAAGGACGGCGUCCUGGGCACGUACUCGCCGCGGAACGGCCUCAGGGACCUGCCCAACGCCGGGUGGCAGCGCGACGGGCAGCCCGAGCUGUUCUUCUCGAACCCGGACCUGUUCUGGGCCGCGGGGUACCCGCACCCGCGGCUCGGGCAGGGCGCGUUCCAGGCCGCGGUCGCGGGGAUAUGGCGGGAGGUGACGGGGGGCGCGGCGGAGCUCGAGCGGGUGACGAUCGGCAAGCCGCACGGGUACACGUACGGGUUCGCGGAGCGGGUGCUGACGGCGCACCGGGCCAGGAUGCUGGGGAAGGAAGUGGGAGAGCCGGCGCCGCUCGAGCGCGUGUACAUGGUGGGGGACAACCCGGCGAGCGACAUCCGUGGGGCGAACGAGUACGUGAGCUCGGAGGGGACGACGUGGGAGUCGGUGCUCGUGCGGACGGGUGUCUGGAACCCGGAGAGAGAAGGGGAGCCGAAGUACAAGCCGAAGGUUAUUGUGGACGAUGUGAAGAGCGCGGUGGAGUGGGCGCUGAAGGAGGAGGGGUGGGAAAGGGGGAUUGAGUAGAGUAAAGAUGGAGAGCGUCGGACGAGGAUUAAAGGGGUGUUUGAGAGGAGUAUGAGUAUGAGUACCUGCCUGGAGGUAGGUAUGUAUGAGUGAGCGCAUAAGCAUAGGAGGUAAGGAGUUACCUAGUUGUUUAUUAUAGGUACAUAUGACGGUUUGGAAUUACAUGUAUAUAGGUAGUUCAUGUAGAGAGUAUGUCCAAUUCAUACAUAAUUCUUAUCUCGAGCUGGUUUAGGUAACUACGAGCUUUGAAAGUGAUAUUUAAGAUUUUUGUAUAAGAAGCCCUUGGUUUUCUUGGUAAUAAUAUGAAAGGUAUUUAAUAUAUACGAGAGAAAGAUAAUAGGUAUAUACCUUACAUCCUUAGGUACUUGAGGAAAC